GAGGAGAUACAAAUGCAAGGAGGAGGCAGGCCCGGGUGGUAAACAGGUAGCGAGUGGGAGGAGUGGAAGUGAGUAACUGAAAGAGAGAGGGCUUCACAUUCCGCUGUAAAGCAGAGAGAGAGAGAGAGAGAGAGAGAGAGAGAGAGACAGAGACAGAGACAGAGAGAGUUUUCCACUGGCGAUAGAGGGUGUGUUUGUCCUCGUUAACCAGGACAUGGGCUCCACGGCCAGCAAGACCCAUGUAAAGUCCAACAAGGCCCCCCCAUAUUGCCGCCAGGACAAACGCAAGGUGUGUGUGUACAUGUUUUUACGGCUUUAUAAAUUGCUUCUCUUUUUUGUCUCUUCACCUUUGUUAAUAUUUAUGUCUCAACUCAUCAUCUCAACGAAGUCAGGACUUGUUUCAGCAACCGGGUCAAUUUAAAGGAAGCUACUGUAUGUUGUUGCUGUUGGUUUUCAGUCCAAUGAAUGAAUGCCUUGGAACAAUUAGGCCACAACUGGGCCUAAACACUCUUUUCUAUAUUCUCUUUCACUUUAUUGGCCCUUAGACAACGUGUGUGUGUGUGCGUGUGUGUGAGAGAGGCAGGAGGAUGGACGUUUGGAUUCCAUUGUACAGUAAAUUCCAAUUCUACCGCUUUUAUUUUAUGUGUGUGUUUAUGUCUAGUGUGGGCAGCCUUACAAUGUUUGUCAUGAAAGCAAUGUCAAAUACAGCAUAUCAAGGAUUUUCCUUGGUUUCGGUCUCUGAGUUGGAUGUUUUUGCCCAUGGUGGAUGUUAUAUACCUUUACAUUACAUGACAUGUCAUUUAGCUUACGCUUUUAUCCAAAGCGACUUACAAUAAGUGCAUUUCCACAUAGAGAUACAAACUCAGAAGAACAAGUAACAAGAAAGUACAAUUUUCAUCAAAUAAGCAGUUCCAAAACAUGUUAUAGAAAAGUGCCAUUAUAAGUACAAUUUAAGUGCAAUUUAAGUACCUGAUUGUUUUAACAACAGAAUUGUAUGAUUUCUGUAAUAUGUGUUUCAUAUUUCCAUUAUCACACAUGGUAACAACCCUGCCUUUUCAACCACAGCUGAAAAGUCUCCUGUAGAUAACCACGAGGCGUGUCCUUCACUGGUCACUUUGUAGCUCACUAAAUAAAGCUGUCCUUAAGUGAUGGUGAGAAAUAUUAACCUUUCACAGUUCUUAAAUCAAGUGCAUGGUAGAAAUAAAUAUACAAUUCAUGGUCACUAGCUGAGAUGGGAUGGAAUGAGUGAUCCAAGUCACUACACAGUCCUCCGUAUACAUUUCCCCCUAAAUAUUUUCUUUUAAAAAAUUGAAUAUAUAUGAUACACCUGUGCUCAUAUGAGACUAAAUGGUCUUUUUAUAUUGUCUUGCAGUGCAAGGAAGCCCUAAGGCAGAAGAAGGGUUUGUCGCAGGAACUGGUGAACCUCCGAGAUGAGCUGGUGGCAUCAUCGCAGUGCUGCGAGCGUCUCCACAAGGGGAAGGAGGAGGUGCAUGUCAGUUUGGAGGAGGUCGUUAACCGGCUGCAGGAGCAGCAUAAGGAGGAGCUUGGCCAGCUGGAGGACAGAUUGAAGAGUUUUUACCAAGCAGAGUGGGACAAAGUCCACCAGACGUACCAGGAGGAGGCAGACAAAUGCUGCAUGUUGUUGGAACGGCAGGUGGAGGAGUUGAGGAGCCAACAGGAAGCAGACAAGAACAACCUAGAAGUGAGUCACAGCCAGAAGAUGGAGGCACUUAGACUGCAGUAUGUGACUUCCAUAGAAGACCUGAAGAAGAUCCAGCAGACAGAUCUGGAGAACCUCAUCAGAACCCUGAAGGAGACUGAAACAUGUCUUUCUGAGAAAAUAUGUAAGCUGUCAGCAGACAACAUGGCUCUAAAUGAGAAGCUGAAAGCAGAAGAGGAGAGGAGGAGGCAUGUACUCACUGACAAGAAUCUGAAGGACUCUCACACGAUGUACUUGGAGCAGGAGCUGGACAGUCUUAAGGUGGUGCUGGAGAUCAAGAACAACCAGCUACACCAGAGGGAGAAAAAGCUCAUGGAGAUGGCCAAAUUGUUGGAGACCAAUGUGAAACUGGAGGAGUGUCUGACAAAGGUCCAACAGGAGAACGAGGACUACAGAGCUAGGAUGGACAAACACGCUGCUCUCUCCAAGCAACUGUCAAGUGAACAGGCCAAACUGCAGCAGACGCUGCAGAAAGAGUCCAAGGUCAACAAACGUCUGUCCAUGGAGAACGAGGAGCUGCUGUGGAAGCUGUACAACGGUGAUCUGCUGGCAAGUCCCAGCCGCCUCUCACCCACCUUGCCCUUUGGCUCACCCCGGAACUCGGCCUCCUUUCCCACAACUGCACCCUUAUCGCCCAGAUAGCAACAGCACGACAAGCCCUUCAUUCCUCUCCUGAGAUCUCCUGUUCGUUUAUGUAACAUUUACAAGACAAAAGGCUGCCGUCACAGCAGUGUUGCUUGAUAUCAAUGAUGAAUGAUGAACUUAUAAACUUGAAAUAAAUUGCAUAAAAGACACUUUUCUUGGAAUUCAAACAAUGUUGUAGUGGACACAGAUGCACUUAUGUCUGUGCCACAACAACAGAUACACUUACAGGUGAAACUAUAAAAAUUUGAAUAUUGUGCAAAAGCUCAUUACUUUCAUUAAUUUAACUUAAAAGGUGAAACUAAUAUAUUAGCUUUUGCACGAUAUUCUAAUUUUUCGAGUUUCACCUGUAUGUCUGACCUCGCUAUCUGCCAAAUGCCUGGUUCUCUUCUUUUUGUGAAGAAAGCUUCAAUAACAGGCACACCUCAGGGUCUGUACAAGGCCCCUCCGUCUUGUUAUGACUAUCCUAACCUGUUUUCCCAAUAUGCUGUACAUCUUAAGUGCCACUCAUCAUGUUCUUUUAAACUGCUCGCUUCUCAAGAUUUGGAUGAGAAAAACCUUGGAUUCCUGACAUGUGUUUGUAAAGAGAUUUUUCGGCUUUGACAAAUCAUAAAACACCUUUCGAUGGAUAGGUAUGGAUUCUUUUGCCUUUUACCUUUUUAAAGAAGACUAAUUUUUUUAUCCAAAGAACAAAUCAAUCAUAAGCUUUGGACCUCUGGACGAAGUGGAUAAACAUAGUGUCCUUCUGUGGACAAACCAGAACUCAUGUGCUCAUUAAUCUGAGGAACUGACCUAAAAUACCGACAUGAUCUUUUGAUCUAAUGCAAAUCUGUAAACCGCUCAUAAUUUCUACCUUAAUAUACGAUGAAGAAUGUAAUCUGGCCGUGGUAACUCUCCUCCCCCUUCACUGAGAGGUAAUUCUCAAUGAAGUAAGUAAUUAUUUCUCCCAGUCUUUUCUUAACUGGCCGGUAACUGACCUCUGUUUUACAGAAUAGUUUUGUCUGUCUUUGCCUCAAUUCACUAUGCUCUGGUUUUUUGGAAAAUACAUCAUGAAAUUAGGAAAAUAAUGGUCAAAGAAAAUGCAAUGAUUCACAUUUAUAUAA